CCUCAGAUAUAUGGAAUAUCAGUAAAGCAACUAAGUAUCUAAACUAACAAAUGGACCCUUAGGCAACAUUGUAUGAAAAGUUAACGGCAUCAUAACCUACAGAUAUAGUAAUGGUAUAAAUACAGAUAGAUUCUGAGAUUUAUCGACGGAAGUGCGUUAAAUGACAGCGCGCCGUGAAACUGUUACGAGGUGCCGUGAUCUGCCAUAUAAAACGCACCGGACGAAAUCAUGGGAACCGCCCGUCCGGCAGCAGCUAGACUAGUCACUGACAAGUGUACCGGCUACUUUUCCUUUAGGGUUCUCGAUAGCUAAUAAAAAUCAAGUGCAUCUGAUGCAGUCCUUGACAGAGGGCGAUGCGAAAGCGUCUUAGCCUGCCAGUUGGUGGCGAACCGCGGUGGCUAACGGUCGUGCUCACCAUGUGCCUGCCGAGCGCGUUCACAGUGAAAGUUCGAUAGAGAAAUGCGGCUUGCGAUCGCCUUUCUGUUUGUGGCAACGUGGCGAUGGUGCAGCGCGUAUGACUACGCGUCGGCGUGCACGCGGCCGCACCGUGCCAGCCGUGCACGCGUCCCACCUCGCGCACCACCUGCCCCGCCCUGUGAUCUCGCGCGCCACGCCUACUGUGCCACGCCGGGCAGCGGUUACCCCUGGCACGCCAUACGCCGCUUUGUGCGAGAGAACCAGGGACUGAUGAGGAGAAUGUACGGCGAAGAGCGUCACAUAUCGGUAUUGAAGGCGGAGCUAGAAAACUUUAUAGAGGACGAUGACGAGACCGGUAAAAGAAAAUCUAGCGAUUUCGAGGAAGAUAUCAUAAAAGCUAAAUUAAUGUACACAAAGAAAAAUCACGGACGUGCCAUGAGAGAUAAACCUCACUUUAGACCUAUACAGACAGAUAAACAUAAGAAAUUUGACAACGAUACCUUAAAAGUGAAACCACUCGAAAACUACACGAACGCUAGAACAAACAGCACGGACAACAACAACGCUACCGAAAUCACAAACAAUGAAACAAUGAUAGAUGAGAAGGAAGUAUCGUAUAAAACUAAAUUGCAAAGUAUAGCCAAUAUAGAAAUAAAUAAUUUAGACCCAGACGUGAUAACUUUAGAAGCGGUCAUAAAACAGACUAUAGAGACUAACAGCCUAUAUCCAACAUUUUUGGGUAGUUCAAAAAGUGAACCUCUGAGAGAUGAUAGUGACUUCAAAAAUAAUACCGCCAGGAAUGCAACCACAACAACAGAAUACGCAAUGAAUGCAACAGAAACAACUUACGUCCAGUAUGACGAUACAACGACAGAAACAGUCAAAGACGGCUGGAAGCCGAUGACUGACGCGUCCACUCUACCGCCCACGCUGCUCUUCUCUGAGCAUGAGAAAGUCAAGAACGACAAGAUUGAUACCAAAGUAACUGAUAAAAAAGAGGAGACAUAUCCAAAGCCGACGCAACCCGAUUCUAUGAGACCAUCUGUGAUUAAGUUAAGAGGAGCCAAUGCGUGUGAAUCUAAAGAAGAGAUGGCGGCACCGUUCUGGGCAAACAGCACUCGCGGCGAGGUGCUAGCGCUUCUCAACAUGUACCCCUUUGAGCAGUACAUACACCUCGAGACCUGCGUGCACGAGCGCAAACAGAUGUACUGCAGGGAGGGCUGCCGUUGCGAGCAGCAGUACCGGCUGCACCGGCUGUUGGCGUACGACCCGCGCAAUGAGUGCCGCGGCAUCUUCGCGGACUGGUUUAAGUUCCCGGCGUGCUGCGUGUGCCGCUGUUACGACGUACCGCUGGAGUUCCGUGCGCGCUCGCCACGUCUGCUCCGCCCGCAGUACGACGAGCAUGUGCGACAGGUCAUCUAUGAAGAUGCGGCAAGAGACUGGUACUCUAUGGCGUAUGAUGAUGAUGAAGAUGACUUCUACUGAUCAAUGUAAGGUGACUUCUUCCCCAACACGAUGCUGUCAAUAACAUUUGAGAAACCCACCUGAACAUCCAUACUUUUGAGAAUAAAAAUUGAAUAGUCAUGAAAAAUGUAAUAAUGACAAUUUAAAAACAAAGUAGUGAUGUAAGCUCAAAGUUAAA